AUGAAAUUACAUCAAAUUACUCAUAUCCCGUCAAUACCAGUGGCGGUACUUCCUGGCAAUUUUGUGCCUCUUCGAUGCAAACCGCCAUUUUGCAAUCCAUUCUUGCAUAAUCUUGCCUGGGGCGUUGACGUGGAACCGGGCGACGACUAUCUCUUCGAUGGAGGUCUGGAUUUUCCAAUUCCAGUUGCUCCGGGCGGCGUUGGCGUUCGUUUCCCAUUGAGCGGUGCCGUGAAUGUUGGUUCGGAUCCAUUUCUGCUCACAUACGGACAUGGCCUGGGACCUGCUGAACCACCCAAUUUCCAAACCAAAAACAAAUUUUCCAAUUCUGCUCGUCGAAAGCGUUCAUUAGCGGCGCAGCUGUCCCGCAUUCAUUAUCUGUAUUUUAUGCGUGAACGGUGA